GGCCCGGAGUCCGCCGCCCUGUUCUCCAAGUUGCGUAGCUUCUCCAUUGGCAGCGGGCCCAACUCGCCGCAACGCGUCGUUUCCAAUCUCCGAGGAUUCCUCACCCAUCGCCUCAGCAACAUCACACCGAGCGACACAGGUUGUUCACUGGCAUGCCAACAAUUCGUACACCUCCAACUACAACAACCACACCAAAACAUGUAAAACCACACAGCAACAACAUCAAAAGCAGGAGCAAACACCACAGUUAACCACAAGCAACGAUAAACCACCUCAGUGCGGGCAAUUAGCGGAGCGGAAACGGAAACGGUCAUAUUUGUAGGGAGAGCUAAGCAAUUUCCGGCUGUAAGAAUGGCAGGCCCGCAGAUCGGAGCUUAAAAGCUUUAAGGCAACAGAGAAGAGUACAAACAAGAAGAGAGAGGGAGAGAGAGAGAGAUAGAAACAGAAAGAGAGAGACAGAGGAAGUCCCGAAGAAACUGGAUCAAACGUUGUACACCUCAGCAAUUGACAUUAAUUAAAUUCAACCAAAAUGGCCUCAUUCCAAAUACCUGUUAUCAACCUGGAGGUGCGCGAGGUCAAGGACAUCGUCUGGGAGAAGAUCCAGGAGCCGGUGAACCAGCGACGCCUCAUCCUCGUGAUUGUAUCGAUAGCCCUGCUGCUGGACAACAUGCUGUACAUGGUGAUAGUGCCGAUUAUACCCGACUAUUUAAGAGAGAUUGGCAGCUUCGAUGACGGGCCGACGCCCCCGCCGUUGAGAGAUAAUAUCACGGGAAAGAUCAUACCCGUGCAUCACGAUCAUCACGGGCAGGACUCGGCCACGGGCAUUCUAUUCGCCUCGAAAGCCAUCGUCCAGCUGAUGGUGAAUCCCUUUUCGGGCGGCCUCAUCGACAAGAUCGGCUACGAUUUGCCCAUGAUGAUCGGCCUGACCAUCAUGUUCUUCUCCACGGCAGUCUUUGCUUGUGGCAGCAGCUACAGUGUCCUGUUCUUCGCCCGAUCCCUGCAGGGAGCUGGUUCCGCCUUUGCGGACACCGCCGGAUUGGCCAUGAUAGCCGAUCGGUUCACCGAGGAGAACGAGCGAUCGCAAGCCCUUGGCAUUGCGCUGGCCUUCAUCAGUUUCGGAUGCCUGGUGGCGCCUCCGUUUGGCGGGGCGCUCUACCAGUUCGCCGGAAAGGAAGUGCCCUUCCUGAUCCUAGCACUGGUGUGUCUACUGGACGGGCUGAUGCUGCUGCUGGUGAUGAAACCGGUCAAGGAGGCGAUAAAGCAAAGUAAGGACGUACAGGACCAAGUAAUACCCAUCUGGCGCCUGCUGAUGGACCCCUAUAUUGCCGUCUGUGCCGGUGCCCUAACCAUGUCCAAUGUGGCGCUUGCCUUCCUGGAGCCAACCAUCUCGCUGUGGAUGGAGGACAACAUGACCACGGACAACUGGAAGAUCGGCAUGGUCUGGCUGCCCGCCUUCUUCCCACACGUGCUGGGCGUGGUCAUUACGGUGAAGAUGGCUCGGAAGUAUCCGCAGCACCAGUGGCUAAUGGCCGCCGGUGGAUUGGCCCUGGAGGGCUUCUCCUGCUUCAUCAUACCGUUCUGCAGCGGCUACAAGAUGCUCAUGCUGCCCAUCUGUGUGAUCUGCUUCGGAAUUGCCCUAAUAGACACGGCUCUGCUGCCCACACUCGGUUAUCUGGUGGAUGUGCGAUAUGUGUCGGUGUACGGCAGUAUCUAUGCCAUAGCGGAUAUAUCCUAUUCGAUCGCCUACGCCGUGGGGCCCAUUAUCGCCGGCGGAGUGGUGGAGGCCAUCGGGUUUACGGCUCUCAACUUCUUGAUAGCCUUCUCGAACCUGGCCUAUGUGCCCGUUCUGCGAAAGUUACGCAACAUCUACGACUUCAAGCCUUUCGAGAAUGAGGCCAAUAUCCUGAUGCAGGACCCGCCCAACAAGGAGUACCAGACCUAUGUUAUGCACGACCAGAAACCAGUGGCGGGUGGCGUCAAGAACCACCUGGAGUACGGCCAGCAGUAUCAGCAGGAGCAGGAGACCAAUCUGGAUGACCAGCAGUACGAGUACCAGCAGCAGCAGGGAUACCAGCAAGGAUAUCAGCAGGAUCAGGGCUACCAGCCCGGCUACCAGGAGCAGGGCGGCAGCUACGCCCCGCAAGGUCAGCCCCGCGUGGCCAAUCCCUUCCAGCAGCAGCAGCAGCAACAACAGCAGCAGGUCCAAAGCAGAGGUCCUGCCGCCCCAGCGAAUCCCUUUAGGCAAGGAUUUUAAACUGUUGCCCCACAUGCCGAAAAGCAAAGAAGAAAACCGUAGUUUUAAAUCGUGUUCUGUUGCACCUCCGUGUGCAAUAUUCUGUUCUCUGUUGAACCCACUCUGAUCUAGACACAUACACAUAUAUUAUUACUAUAGACAUAUAGGCAAGUGGUACGUACACUAUAACGAGCAUUACAUGCAGAUAGUUAAAAAAGCAGCUAGUUAAUGCCUUGCACCGCACCAAAUUUUGUAUCAUACACGAAUGUUGAAGCAACCGAGGACAGUGAUGGAAAUGGUAGGAUUUGAGUUUACUUGGAUGUGGAAUUGGCCAUAUUUUAAAAAAGUUCUUCAUGGGAAUAUUAAUUUCAAAAUCCAAUUCAAAGUUACGCAAUUUGGAAGACACGUGAAAGUGUGAACUGAAAUACAAAACUAGUUCUGAAAAUUCUUUUUUUAAUUAACAGAGCUGAUACCAAAAAAGGGAGUUAAGAUUAAUAUAAUAAUACAUCAGAGCUAUUUGCAAAGUUGAUGUUAUAUCCGGAACAGUUCACAAUUUCUAAAUGCCAACAAGAAAUAAUGUUUCAGUAACUAGAAAAGCGAACCGAAAUUGGAAAACUCAAGAUUCCCCUAUCCAAGUAAGCCACAAAACCACCAGACCUAAGAAACACCCAUCACUGAUGUAACGCAAUUAUGCUAUAUAGAGCGGUCCGAUCGGAUCGCCUAUGCCCUAUACUCAGUACUUAUGCAGCCGUUUUCGUGUCUAUCAGUCAGUGAAGCUAGAGAAACCAAAGCCUAGGCAUAGAUAGUUGAUGAGGGGAGGACUCGGACUCCCGCCUCAUCAAGUAUACACACAAGUAUCAGAUAUUAUAUACACGCAUACAUAUAUAGUAAUAUAUCCAUAUACAAGCUAGCUGUAAGAAGCUCAGCUGGCCAGAAGACCACUUUUGUCCGAGUACCGCCGUAACAGGCAAUGGCAUCCAUAUCGCAGACAUAUCACAAGUUGCACAAAUCGAAACCCUCCCACGCCUACUGAAAACUGAACAAGAGGAACUCUUUCGGGUGUCGUUGUGGCGGACUUGGGACGAGAGUGGUUUCCCGGCCAGAGGGGUAAUAUGAUUUCCGGUUUUGAAAACAUUAUGAGUUGAACGUUUCUUAAACAUAAGACACAACCAAGGUAACGAUACAUAUCAGAGUCUCGAUGGCUCGCCUGUUAAAAUUACCAAAAGUGAUAUUACUUAUUGCUACUAGUCUAUAUACAUAUAUAUCGUAUCAUAUCGGUAGCAUACACAACUAGAUUUAGGACGUACAUGAAGUGUACAUAAGUUAUACAACAACCAAAGGAAACAGAAAUCAAUUGAGAUUCAAUUUAAAGUUUCAUAUUUACCUACCAAUCAAUUAUUAUUUGCUUGUUGACUCUAUGUGCAGAUGGGCAAUUCCAACCAGGGAACUGCCGCCAUAGUAGAUCUUCGAUAGCAUAGCAUAAAUGUGUGUACCUUGUCUAUAAGAUAAAGAUAAACCUAACUGAAUAAUAUGAACAUAUUUACUAACGAUUAUUGUAGUCAUUCAGUACGGUAUUUUACUAUAAUUCGUUUCGACUGCACCACUUUUUAGGGCAGUUUACUGCCCCUAUAUUAUACACCUUUUAGCUGGAUAUCGAUAAGUAAAUUGACCUUUUAUAUACAAUUCAGCAUGCGUAUAUAACAUCGGAAUAUUUAUCAACACUUUUCGAAUGUGUUUACUCGGGAAUUGCAGUUGAUUGCAAGUAUAUCGCAGAAUUUCUAUAUUCGUAAACAUAUCAGUCAAAAGGCCACUUAAUAAUUGAUUAUAUUAAUGUGUUUCCAAAGUACAUAUGUACGAGUUUGCUAUUCGAAUUACACAAUGCUAUACAUUAACAGAAAUGCACUGAUUUUGAUGAAGUUACAAAAUACGUUCAUAGGGUUUUAGAAAAUGUUCGUUUCAUUAUUUUCACUGAUUUUGUUAUAGAUACUCUAGGAAAACAACACUGUUGUCUUGUUUUAUGGUUUGCAAGCUUUAUACCUAAUUAAAUUCGAUUAUUUUUCUUUAUUUUACCGACACUAAAUAUAUGUACUUAAAAAUAUAUACAUAGAUCUACAAAUUUACAAAACUGUAGAAAUGCUCUUAACUUUAAUAUGAAUUAAACUCAUGAAAAAAUCUCCCAUCAAAUGUAUCAAUUAAAACGAAGACGAGUAGUGGCGAAGAAUGAAGUGUUGAAGCAACUACAUACUUAUAUAUAAAGCGAAGAAGAGUAAAACCAGAACAAUUAUAAUAGUCAAUAAUAUAUAUUAUUAUGUAACAUAUUAUAACAUUGUUUAUUUAAGUACCUACAAUAGAAUUUUAAUAACAACUAACUAAACAUACAUAUAUAUAUGAAAAUGUAUAACAAGACACCGAAAAAGCAAUAUUUAUUUAAGUUUCCUUUUAAAGUCAUGUAAGGAUUAGAAUUCCGUUCAAAAAUAAAAAGGCAUUAACUUUAGUCCGUUGCUUUGACUAAUAUUUGAUUCAUUUUUACAUGACUUUCGAAACUGGAUGUAGAUAGACGUCAAACAAAUACAACAUGACAGUGUCAGGCAUUCAAGAUUUUGACCGAUUUUAACAAUUUUAACCAAAGUUUAGCAGAGCGUAACAUGUAUAUGAAUCUUCCACUUUUGGUUUACAAAUAAAUAUAUAUAUACAAAUAAACAACUAAGUAAUAACCAUCACAUUAUGUACUCAAAGGACGAGGAAGGUCGACCAGAAGGUCGAUAGUGAAGAGCCUAAAGGAUGUGUAGCAGUGCCGGCAAUGUGUAAUAACUUACUAAACAAAUAAGAGCAAAUGGAACGCAUAAACUGUAUGUGUUACGAGCAUAUAAAUAUAAAUAUAAUAGUAACAAAAAAAUAAAAGCAUAAGAGCAUGUAUAAUAACAUAUUUAAGUGAAAUAUACAUUUAUAAAAUGAAUUAUUAAACACUAUACCAGUUAAUCGAGUGAUUAUACUCUGCGUAUUACAAGUGUUGAAUGUUCAAUAGCAUCAUAUGAAUUAUGAAUUAUAUGCAAUAACUGUGCGCUAUGGAUAAUUAAUGAACAAAAUUAAUUUUUAAUAUCGAAUAUAUACUAAAUGAUAUAGGGAUUUUACUUUGGCAACAAAACCAGUAGCACAGAAAAAUAAUUUGAUAAUUUUUCAUAUGAGAAAUGCCUCUCCGACAGUUUCUAUGUGUUGUGCGUGUGAAGAACGUUUUAGGAAAUUUAAUUGUAUACCCUAGAAAAAAUAAAAUGAGUUCGUAAGUGAAGCCCACAAAGUUAAUGCCCCCACGGUUCGGUUUUGUAUUGUAUAUAAGGCAUAUUGUUAGUUUCGAAUGUCCAUUUUGGUAGAAGUCAAUGUCAACGUCAAAGUCAAAGUCAGAGUCGAACCGUUUCGAGUACAUACUCGUACUCACAUAGAUGGUGCAGAACUAAAUUAUUACAAAAGUCUUUGCAAUUUGUUUCGGCUAAUGUUAUAGACGUUUGUGUUAUAUAUUUAACAAUAAUUAUUACGACAAACGGUGGAAAUUAUAAUAACAAAAACAUAAUUAAGCAAAUGCAAGCCAGAAGAGUAACUAAAAUUUUACCAAGUAUCCAAAUCCCAGUUCUGUAACGUUGCUGUUCAAUUUCCAAGUCGAUCCAUCUAUAUUCUAUACCUAAUUAUGUUUGUAUCUGUAUAUCACACCGUUCUUCAACUAUCUCCAAAACAAAAGUAAGCAAACUAAGUGCUAUGCAUAUCAAAACGAAGCAAUUCGAUGUUCGAUGACUUAACAUAGCCUAAAACCCCUCUGAAAUCAAAUGUAAGCAAUAGGGAAAGAAGCAGGAACUGCCUCGAAGAGUCACUUUUAAAAACGGAUCGAUGUGUGUAUGUUUUCCUUAUGAUACAUUCACGGCAAAAGUCGGCAAAAAUUGAAAGCCUAAACAAAUAUCACUUUUGCCGGCGUUGGCAUUUGCCGGAUUUAUUCAAGGGAAAAAUACAAAUGGCAAACUCGCACACAUGAAUCUAUAAAAGUAUUUGAACUGCAUCAAAGAAAGAGAAUUCAAAAUGGCAGUUGCCUGCUAUCGGCUAUUGGGAAAUGCUAUGAAUAAUGAAUUGAACGAGCAGAAAAAUUAUAACCGAACGUACAUUAAAGCAUACAGAUAUGGGCAUGAGCUAUAGAGGAAAGAUAAAGCAUUAUUCAAGAGCAACACACCCAACACACACCCUUACACCCCCACAACCUACACCAUACACACCACACACACCCAACCACAACAGAGACAAACAACACAAAACAAACAUGUACUAUUGAAAUAUAAUUGUUAACCAUGGAAAAA